AUGACACGGUUGUGUAAUGCUGUGAAUAAAAGUUUGUUAAUAAGCUUCUGGAGUGAAAAAUCGCAUUCAAAAUGGCUUUCUCAAAAUAUAGUCACCGCUUUUCCUGAGACCGAUUUUGACUGUGUCAUUAUGCUACAUGAUAAUUCGACGUGGACAUCUCAUGAGGCUUAUACAAAAUUUAUAUGGAUUAGAGCUCAGCGACAAAUUCGCUUUUGGUAUUUGAAGCGAUUUAUCACACCGUACAUUCUUCGAGCGUACCGAUACAUAUGGGUGGUUAACGAUGACGCCGAACUGGCGUUUAAACCGUUACAUUACCAGUGUGUCGUUGAUCAUUUAAAUAUUCCACUCUCUGGUCCUGUCUAUCUUUCUGGCGCUCAUGCUCAUCCCAUAACGAACCCGGACAGUAAUUUCAUACAAAAAAUCGGAAGAUGGACAGAUUUUGUUGAAACAGGAAUUGUUCUCGUAGGAUCCUCACUAGCAUGGGAAUGUAUCUGGAAAUAUUUGGAUUUGGCUACAGGUUUCGGUUGGGGAAUAGAUCUCGUGUGGUGUAAAAUGAUUGGUAUCAAAUGUUUGCCGAAAGGUCAAGAGAAUCGCGCGUGUGCCAUUUUAGAUGCAUUCGGCAUGCAUCACCGCACUGACGGUAUCGUAUCAAUUGCAAAAGGUUCGCCAGAGGCUGCUGCAUAUCAAAUACUCGAAUAUAAAAUUUUCAAUACAAAAAUGAAAAAUUUUGCUCCUGUAGCGGAAAAUCGAGAUAUUUUUGAUUCAUGUUCUAAAAAUGAAAAAAACUCUUCUGCUGUUAUUGUGAGUAAGUUAUAG